AUGGCGAACACCUCGAUUUACAACGAGAACUGGUUCAACGAGCCACAAGGCAGCGACUAUCCAUCUAAGCUUUAUAAGGCUUGCGGAAAAUGGCGCAUUUGCCGCAUUGCUAGCGCCAAGGGUUGGCUCGAAGCGAAAGUCCAAGUCAUACUCGACUCCCAGCAACCCCGAUUGGUCCUCCGCACGAAACAACAAAGCGGAUGGCGUUUAGUUAUCCCACUUCAAAACUGCUCUCUGAAUGCGGGAGUUGAGGGUGCAACAGGCGAUAACAAAGGGGAGGAGAUCCGACGAUUAAGGCAGCAAUGGCCCGAAUGCUUCCAAGAUUGGCGUCAGGCGUAUUACUUCAACAUCUUGUGCCGCAUCGAUCCCAUAGUUGUGAGAACGGGAGGAGCAUGGUAUCAUAAUGAUGACCGUGACUGGCACAUCCUCGAGAGCUUGGCAGGACAAGGAGAAGGCGUCUUCAUCUUCCAGGAAUUCGACCAGGAAUUCAAAACUGUGCCAGACACGAUCCAAUGGCUGACAGUACUGGGUGGCCUCACAACUGAAAAAGCAUUCUGGUGGUAUCGUCAGAAUCCCCCUAAGGACGGAGAGGGCCGCAGUCCACCAAUGCCAUGGCUCUUCACAAAAGAGGAGGACACUUCGAAGAGGCGAUAUACUCAGUUGAUUCCUCAUGAUGCAUUCUUCAUCGAUGACUAUGACCGACAGUGCAGGUUGGUUGAGGCAUCCAGGAUCGAGAAAGAUACUCAAUGUCGGUCGGUCGCCAACGUCUUUAAUCCGUCUCGCCGUCACCGAGCAUGGUACACUCCAGCGCAAACAGAGUCAUUGCGAAACAGUUUCUUUGUCCAUAUCAAGCUCCAAGCCGUUCAGGGUGAAACGGAGGUGAACGUGCCUCAGCUGGCUGAGAUGACUGAGGUCCAAUUCGAGGUAGCUGUGGAGGACCGGACGUACGUCAAGACCGAUCUUAACCAGAAAGGGGUUGUUGUUGAAACACACAGCUCUGGUGAUCUUGUUCUUCUCGUGAAGGGCGACAUUCCCCAGCAUGGUGAUCAAGUUGAGAUUGUCACGUUCGUCAAGCCAAACACCAUGCCAAUUGAUGAGCAGAUCAAGGCACUUGGGGACGUGAGCUUAUGCACAUCCUGGGGAGAGCUGGAAGGCAAAGAAGGGAAGGGAUUUUCGCUGAGAAGGACAGUACUCGCCCACGGAGUUGAAUUGGACCCCCACAGCGAUUUCUAUUUUCGUCUCGACGCUUGCGAGAUGUCACAGCUUCCUCAACAGCAGAAAGCCGAGAGGAUUUUCUAUAUCGAGAAAAAUUUCCCUCUAGAUGAGGCUCAGCGAGAGGCAUUCUUAAAGUCAACUUUUCAGAUCACCUGCGAUGUCAACCUGAUCCAAGGGCCACCUGGAACAGGAAAAACAAGAACUGCUGUGGUCAUCAUCCUCUUGCUUAUGGCAUUGGAUUUGAAGGUCCUGCUUGUCGCUGGCUCAAAUAAGGGCGUCGACAAUCUCGCGGAGGCUGUUGUUGCAGCUCUGAGUAAACACCCUCGACUUCAGCGGUGGUGUGGCCAACUUGUUCGCUUCCGAACUCCAUCCUAUCAGCUUGCACAAGUCAGAAUUGACAGCGCGAACUCAAACCAACGCAAACUAGGAGCGUCAAGAAAAGGGAGCUCGGCAAGCCAGAUCCUCGAGCCAGUGCAGAUUCACAAUGUUGUUCAGCGCUACGCCGAGGAGAAUGCAGGAUCAGCGCGUGACCAUGGCUGUGCUAAGUUCCUUGAUAUUGUCAAGAGGGAUAAAGAGUGCCACCUGAGCAGAGAACAGUCGAAGGAGCUGCGCCACGCCUAUGAGGGUUGCGUCCUGGCCGUCCUCAGGAAUUGCAAAGCCGUGGCUACUACUUUGAGCAAUGCUUCCCACAAACUGCUUCGUUACUCGAGCUUCGAACCCGAUUUCGUGAUCAGCGACGACGCCGGCCAGUGUCUGGAGGGUGAUCACUAUCGCCAUCAGGUGCCGCCAACAGUCAUUUCGGAGAAUGACUGCAACGAGGGGGCCACAUAUCUCAAACGGUCACUCAUGACUCGGCUUCAGAAAGCGGGUUAUCCAUGCACGAUGCUUACCACGAACUAUCGGAAUCAUAGCGAAAUUCUCGAUUUGUGGAACAGGCAAGUGUAUAAUGGCGACUUGCGAGUUGGACCCUCCAACGACGCUGCUGACCGUGUGGGCAACGCGUGGGAUGCCUUCACCGAGUCUCGGCAUUACUUUCGAGAAUUCGGUGUCGUAGGGCUUCGCCGUCUCUUUAUAAGUACCACCGGGUGCGCUGAUCGCCACACGAACAGCCUGUCCUCGUACAAUGAUGCACAGGUGCACGCUCUGAGCCAUCUCUUGUCUCAGCUGUACCAGUUCCAGACGGCUCAAGGAGAAAGGAUUGAGCCCAGGGAUGUCAUGAUCAUUAGUCCAUACAGGGACCAGAGGGCGCGGGUGGAGCACAUCCUCGGAGAGAACAACAUCGGCUUCAAUGAGAAUUUGACUGUCGAUGCGGCCCAGGGAUCCGAGUCUCCCGUUGUGGUCUUCCUGAUGACAAAACCAUCCAUGGACCCCAUGAGCGUUGGCUUUUUCGGUGACAGAAACCGACUGAAUGUCGCUCUCAGCCGGGCGCAAAAAGUUCUGAUCGUCAUUGGGAACUUGAAGGUCUGGAAUUCCGACACGAUCAGGGCGAUUCACAAUACCACCGGCAAUCGGAACAGGUUCCUCUUGGAUCUGCUCAGGGACGUCACUCGGAAGGGCCAUACCCUGACCUGGCACGGCCAGUCGACUGUGGAAGAACUCGAUCGUCCCGUCCAGGCGGUCUACUACUCGCAUGAUCGAGACAUCCGGCGUCCGUCCACGAGGGCAGCGAAUCCGGCUGCUGCAGCCACGGCGGAGGUACAGUCGCAACCCUUUUCGGCCCCCAGACCGCGGGUCGCGUUACCCCAGUGCACUUCGUGCAGCCAAGCGCUACACUCACUGCCGCCACGACCACCACUGCCUGAGUUGUCUGCAGCGCCCCGACAAGAUGAGGAAGAGGCCGGCUACGAAGAUGUGGAGAACAAAGACGUGGAGAUGACGGAGGACUUCCAGGAGCAAAGGGCCCCAUCGGAACCUCGCGAAUACGACGAGCCCGCCCUCCAAUUGUAUCGGGUACGGCAACGAUCGCGCUCCCCGGAGUACCAAGAUUUGUCCCUCGCGCGUGGAUACAGGGAUCGGCAUAGCCCUCGGCACGAAGUUGCAACGACAGCAUCGUCUCACUAUGAGGGGGAAGACGUCCAAGCCCUCGAACGUCAAUGUGACGAGUUGCGCCUCCGGGAGCUGCAUGCCCGCCAAGAGCGUUUUCGAGCUGAGGAGGAGAGCGCGGCCAUAGUAAGACGCCAACUUGAGCAGAGGCUCCGUCAGGCCCGCGAAGGACGCCGACCUUAG